CGCAGUCAGUCAUUCAACGAAGCUGGUCGCGUUAACAUCGCAAAUUACAAAACAAAAAAUAAUCUCCUCUCCUCUUGAUACAAUUAAUUAGAACGCGAAUCUCCCACCAUCAGAGAACGAGGAAGUAACUAGAGCUAUAACUUUCUUCCCGUAUCACAGUUCGUUCUUAUCAGUUCGGGUGAAGAAAUUCAGUUAAGAAGAAGUCGUUUGCGUGCAUCGUGUCUGAACUUUUGACCGAAAUUUACUUGUGACGUUGUUAUAUGUGAGUUGCAGAAGUUGUCGAUUAAGCGAUAGAAGAUUAGAACUCUACAAGGGGUGAACUUGAUCCACUGACAAGGCGCCGUGAGCAGGCAAGUUACGUUCCUAAUCCGGGCAGUGUAUGUGACCGCAGAAAGUGUGACGUUUCGAGCGAAGAGUUGUGUGAAAUUUCGGCCGUGGUGAAUGCGUGACAGACAGGCAGGAUGCAUUUGUCAAACGGAACGGGACUGCUGUUUCCUACGUUGAUGUACCUGGCCAACUACAAGGAGAACGAGAGUCUAGUGACGCGGAAUCCGGCCAUGAACGAGGAGUACCGAGCAGACCCCAACAACAUAGUGUGCUACGGAGUCUAUGGAUGCUUUCCGAUCACCCCGCCGUGGACGGACGAGCGCCGGCCCAUAGCCCUGUAUCCGGAAAACCCUGCCAAGAUCAACGUUCGCUUUCCGGUGUUCAACCAAUUCGCCCGGUCCUAUCCCAAGUUCAUCAACCUGGACGAUCCGGACUACCUGCACGAAGUGGGCAUCAACCCGGCCGGAAAGAUCUACAUCAUCACCCACGGCUUCCUGCAGACGGGCAGUGCCAAGUGGAUCGAGCGGAUGAUCAACCUGAUUCUGGAUCAGGACACUGACGGUACGGCCACCUGUAUUGUGAUAGACUGGGGUGGUGGUUCAAGCCCACCGUACAAUCAGGCCAGUGCCAACAUUCGGCUGGUCGGAGCGAUCGCGGCGCACAUGAUCUUCUUGAUUGCGGAAGAAUUCCGGUUCAAAAACCUGGACAACGUACACAUGAUCGGCCAUUCGUUGGGAGCGCACCUUUCCGGCUACACCGGAUACUACCUGCAGAAGGACUUUGGUCUGAUGCUCGGUCGCAUCACCGGAAUGGAUCCGGCGGAGCUGGCAUUCACCGAAACGAAUCCGAUUGUCCGGUUGGACACUACGGAUGCCAAGUUCGUCGACAUCGUUCACAGCGAUGCGACGCCGUUCGUGCCGAAGAUCGGGUUAGGAUUGUAUGAGCCGAUCGGACAUUUGGAUUUCUACCCGAACGGAGGUUUUAAACAACCCGGUUGCGAUCAGACUCUGUGGAAGCGGAAGGACGGUUCAUUUAUAUCCAGCAUGUAUCAGUUCUUCAGCUGCAGUCACGUUCGAUCGGUGGACUUUUUUGUCGAGAGCAUCCGCACCAAGUGUCCGUACACGGCGAUUGUUUGCGAAAGCUACGAGAAGUUCUUGGCUGGCGAUUGUUUCGAUUGUGAUCGGGAUGGGCAUCUGUGUUUCCGGUUUGGAUUCCACAGCUACAACAGCUAUCGGAGUUUGAGGGAAGCCAAUCAGUUGAUUGGGAAGCAGACCAUUCAGGCGUUCUUCAUUACGGGACCGGGCGAACCGUACUGCAGGACGCACUACAAAGUGUUGAUCAAGAUGUCCGACACGGAGGAGAGUAUUUUGCACGGGGGAGAGAUCGGCCGAUUCCAUCUGAGUAUCUACGGAAGCAAGGGAGAUCACUCGAAUAAGAUGACAUUCACCGAAGAAGCAGAAUUAUACGAACCGGGUCACAACUACACCCGAGUGCUGGCCGGUACCAGCGUUGGUAAGCCCAGAAAGCUGACGGUCGGCUGGGAGUACAACACCAGUUUCCUGAAUCCGUUGACGUGGCGAAUCUUGAGUUCACCCCGUGUCUACGUCGAGUACAUCGUCCUGCAGUCGUUGGAGUACCGAAGUAAGAUCCGACUUUGCCCGAACUACAACAUGCCAGUCACGAGCAACGUGGACAGUAUGUUUACGCAGGACAACUGCCGCUACUAUCCGGAACCGUUGGAAACCGUGCUCAGUUGAGCAGUUUCGAUUGUCAAGGCCUCUGAGCCACUCGCACCGCAUCAAUGCAACUUUACCAGUAAACUAGACUACUCUUAGAAAAUAGCACUAGAAUAUUUAACAUUGUAAGCAUCCCAUGUAUUAUUAUAACGUACGUCAAUCAA